UCUUUUUUUUUCUUUUUUUUUAGUUUCGUUUUGUUUUUUUAAAGCAGCUAUCCGCCAACCACAGUCAUCAAUCUCCUGGUGGACUUCAAGGGACAGCAAGCCACUGAAGCAUUUUGACUUCGCUUUGAUCCUCAGGAGAGCUUAGCGAUUUGGUCAUGGACAUAUUUUUCUCAGCCAUCUUCGUCUGCGCCUCACCUGCGAUUUCACAUGUCAGGGCGGAUGUCAACCAGGUGCUGGAUACCACCAAAGGGUUUAUUGCCCACAUUCUAUUCACCGGUGGUUCUGAAGGACCAUUUCUACGAGAUAGUACCCCAACGAAAGGAUACCUAUUGCCUGAACCUUCAGAGGAAGCUUUGGAAGACGUUACGUAUAAACUACCGUCCCGUGUCGUGGUAGCAAAUUCUUCAGAACAAGACAGUACAGGACAUGGGAAAGAAGUCUACACAGCAGAAUCACGUACAAUCAACGAAGAACGCUCCACCAAACUCGAAUAUUCAGGUGACAUUAUUUCGUCAACUCAAGGAACUCAUUCUGGACCUGGCGCAGACUCCAGUCCUUCGAAACCAGUGUCUGCAGUGCGUGCAUCCUCAGAAAGAAUAUUUUUCUCUAACCAGAGCAAAGAAUACGACAUCACGGGCUACGAGAGACUUUAGAGAAGUGCUAGGUGAUACUGACAAAUACGUAUUCUUUAGAUCCGUUUCAUUUCAAUAGAUCUUAUCCGGCUAAAGAGAGUGGAAUUAAAUUUGGUAUAAUCAACGCCCCAUUCACUGCUGAGCCAAAUAUGGAUGCCAUUCACACAGUUCAAAAUCAGAUUUCUUAUCGACACCCUAAAGCUGCCACAGA